UUUUUUUUUUUUUUUUUUCGCUGCUGGUGCAUUAAAGUUAGUGUCUCAUUGAAAACAUCCAUAUCAGUCAGUCAGCGAUCAUGCAUUCAUCGAUUCGGCCUGGGCGAGAUACACACAAUGACGACGAUGAUUUAGAAGCAAUGCAACGUGAAUUUUUUGCCAAGAAGCAAACACCUUCGGCAUCGGUUCAACGAGUACAGAGAGCACCUGAAUUUGUAGCCAAGAAGAAACUGAGCGUUUUUGCCCAGCGUCGACGAGAUGCUGCCGCUGCUGCUAAUGCUGCAGGGACGUUGACGGCAGAAACAGCGGCUCCUGCGAGUAAUGUCACGUCGGACGUUUCCGAGCCCUCCAAGCCAUCGGUAAUCGACGAAGUCGAUGAGGAAACCCCCAACAUGCCGUCGCUGGAAUCGGCUUCCGAUUUUGAGCCUGUCCCUGAUCCAUUCGACGAACCUCACGUUCCAGUAUCGAAGAAAAUGUUGGAUCUUACUUCAUUGCUAGGCAAUGUUCUUGGACAAGUCACCGAGCAUACCGUUGACACUGUCACGGCACCCAGUUUACCGCAGCCAUCGGGAUCGGCAUCUUCCCAUUAUCAUACUCAGGGAUUCCCUGAGCCUGCUCAUCGCAGUACCUACAGAGAAAAGGAACAGCAUCAGGAAACAGCUACGGAUUUCCAAAGCAAUCACAGCAUGAAAGAUUAUGAGGAGGAAAACUGGAAUCGUAUCGCUUCCAUGUCACCGGCCGAAAUUGAGGCAGCACGACAAGAAAUUUUGGGGACUUUGAGUGCCUCUUCUAUUGCCAUGUUAAUGGGCAGAAACAAAUCGUCUGGCGCUCAGUCAUCUGUUGAAGAAACAUCAUCAGUAGCAGAUCAUACCAUUGAAACGGACGUGGCGGCGACCACCAGUAACCCAUCUGUGAAGAAAAAUGCACCACGCGGAACCGUAGCUCAAACACAACUAUCGACUGACAGCACCGAUGACGAUUUAUUACUCAUGAAAGAAAAAUUCUUUGCAGACGUACCAUUGGAGGCUGACAAAGUGGCGUGGAUGGAACCUCGGUUCAUGGAAGUCGCUUUACAACAUCAGCAAAAAGAGGGCAAAACGGACGAUGCAGAGAGCAAAAAAGUAGAGGAUCAGCCGAGCAACGAUUUAUAUCGCAGAGCAAGAUUUGACUUGCAAGGUGACUAUGUAGAUCCUAAUGCGGACAUUCCGCAUCAUCAAGGACUUCAUCAUCACGGUGACGAGGCAGACAAGGCAGGAUAUACGCUGGCUGAACUAUUUUAUCUCGUGCGAAGUCAAGUGCCAGCUCAGCGCGCCAUGGUACUUACUACGAUUGCUCGCAUUCUCGAAACCGCGAAGAGCCCGGAGCAUCGAAAGGAUCCCUUUUGGAUGGAUGUGUUAGCUCUGUUUUCCCGUGCAGACAUCGCUGCCUCUGUUUACCUGCGUUCAGCUUUGGAUGAUAAAAAUCUCGUGGUGCUUGUGAGCGCUGUGCAUGCCAUGGCGGCCCUAUUAUUGGAGUCGCAAGAUACCGAUUCCACGCUCUCGGAAGUGGAAGCUUUCAACAAGUACCUUGGCCACCUUCGACGAGUGACGACGAGAAAAUCUUCAAGGGACCGAAAAGGUUUAGCCGAAAAACUUUCAAUUACUGUCGAUCGCAUCAACCGCACAGACAUGGGAGAAGCGGAUGAAUUGGGGGAAAUGGCAGUGGCAGAAACGGAAGGCGAAACCACCGUGGAAAGUGAUGCAGAGUUAGCACGGCGGGAUCUGCGACGAGGACUGAUCAAAAUGGAUAUAUUGCCGCGGAUACGUUUCUUGAUGCAGCCCACAAGCAAGUUGCGUAAUUCCGACCCUGUUUCCAUGGAGCGAUUAAUACGUAUCCUGGUGUGUUUGGCCGAAGGCGGAGAUGAUGUUUGCAAUUUGAUUGCUGAGCAUGAUCUGGUGGAUCUGGUGAUGGAUUGGGGCCUGUUCAAGAAAGAGUGGCCAAUGACAGAGGAUGCAGCUUCCACGAUUAUGUAUCCGAGUGUGCAUGUCCUUUGUUUAUUGACUAUUUUAGUCCAAAGCAAUAAGAAGAUAGCCACCGACCAUAUUCUGCCCAAGAUGGAUCCACUAGUGCAGUUAUUCCUUGUGACAUCACCUGAGAUUGCAUGCCCUACGAUGCAGCGACGAGCCUAUUCUCUCCAGCUCGAAACGCUAAAGUUAAUGCGCGUGCUUCUCUGUUAUGGGUUGAUUUUGCCCACGCUUCAGGAUCUGCAAGAUCCCGUCAUGGAAUGGUUUCGUGCGGCCUUGAAGACGGACGAUCCUUUCGUUACAGCGCGCGCUGCCACUGUACUUGGCGUUUUGGAAAUUUUGCUUCAUGCUGGUGGUGAUCCUCACAAGACAACCCCAGCACAUGCGGUUGACUGGCAUCAAGCGACGGCCUUUUUCCCUGCGGUGAUGGCGUUGUGGCGAAGUACUCACUCGGCGUCGGUUGCUGAAGGUGCGUUGGCGUAUAUUGCGGCAUGGACGACUUACAUUGACAAGUUCCGACCUUCGGUGGAGUUGUUGCAAGACGUUUGGCGAGUACUUCAAGGGCGGACCUUGGAUGAUCAUCCACGAACAUCGAAUGGAGCGGUUCGAUAUCUCCAGCUGCUGGCCGCCUUGGCCCAGCUGAAACAUACCGCCUAUGCACCGAUAGCAGAGGAAGCCAAGAAAAAAUUAAAAUCAUCAGAUGUGGUUGAAUAUGUCAAGCAAGUCCAUGUGGAUGAUGUGCAAGGUCGAAUGACUUUCUGGAUAUGGAUGAACGCGGUAGCUGAUGUGGAUGUACGUGAACAUGCAUGGGGCGGAGGUUACAAGCAAGCUGAGCUCGAAACGACCGUCAGCAGUGUACAUGCAGGUGCACCAGAAACGUGGCUGGCGCAGAUGUUUGUACAGCGAUGUGUUCUGAAUCGACUGGGUGCUGCGGUCCCGACGCUCGGAUUAUUCUAUUUAGGAGAUCAUGAUCCGACAACCUCCAAAGCGCUGUUUGAAUAUGACGGACGGCAUUGUUCCACAAUGAUGUUCCCCAGUUUGAACGAGAAUGACAGUGAAAGGAAUCAUCCACCAACAACUCUUACAGCCUGGGUAUUCGGACCUAUCGAUGAAAUGUACCAUUUCGAUAAAUCGACCUCUGCGCAGAAGAGUGAUGCUGUUGCGGUGGUAUGCGACACGCUGGAAGCGGCCUGGGAAUUGCUGGACAAGGAUGAACUCCUGGAUCACGACAUGGCGGUGGUGUCUUUGAUGAAGAUUUUCCUGAUUGGUGAUCGUGAAGGCCGUACCCCUUGGUUGGAAACCGAUCGAGAAAUUUUUUGGCAUGACAAGGUGACGGUGUGGAUUGAUCGCUGGCUUGAUCGAUUGUGUGAAGAGCAUACCACCGUGGGUAGUUUGGAGGCGGCGUGGCGGAGAUCAUCGGAUUAUAUCCGACAAGUCCAUGUUCCAUUUUUCCAGUUUUACCAAGCAUUUGUUGCUCAAUAUGCAUCUGUUUCACUUGGCCAACCUGGAUUUGCACGUUUGCUGGCAUACAUUGCAAUGGAACUGGACGCCGUCGAUUACAAACAUUUGCUUUUUAGUGACUAUGGUGACGUGAUUCGCACCAUCCGCAUCGUUAAUACGGAACAGGAAACAACACAACAGCAACCGAAAACAGAAGAUGCACAAAACAGUCAACAUCAUCGGAUGCAAAUGCGAUGGAAUAACUUUAUUCGUAACGUGAUUCAGCGCUAAAAAAAAGGAUAAUAAAACAAACUGUUUGAUGUAAAUUA